CUCGGCCGUGCCGUGCCGUGCCGUGCCGUGCCGUGCCGUGCCGGUGGGACCAUGCCGUCCUACACCGUCACCGUGGCUACGGGCAGCCAGUGGUUCGCUGGCACCGACGACUAUGUGUACCUGAGCCUGGAGGGCACUGCGGGCUGCAGCGAGAGGCACCUCCUGGACAAACCCUUCUACAACGACUUCGAGCGCGGCGCGGUUGACUCCUAUGACGUGACGGUGGAAGAAGACCUUGGAGAAAUUCAGCUAAUAAAAAUUGAGAAACGAAAAUAUUGGUACCAAGAUGACUGGUACCUGAAGCACGUCACUGUCAAAACACCACUGGGCGAUUAUCUGGAAUUCCCAUGUUACCGUUGGAUUACAGAUGAGAAAGAAGUUGUCCUUCGAGAUGGAAGAGCAAAGCUCCCCCGGGAUGACAAGACCCAGAUACUCAAGCAGCACAGACGCAAAGAGCUUGAGGAUCGUCAGAAAAUGUACCGCUGGAAGGAGUGGCAUCCUGGCUUUCCAUUGAGCAUUGAUGCCCAUUGUCACAGUGAGCUGCCCCGUGACAUCCAGUUUGACAACGAGAAAGGAAUCGACUUCAUUCUGAACUACUCCAAAGCGAUGGAGAAUCUCUAUAUCAACCGUUUUAUGCACAUGUUCCAGUCUUCUUGGAGUGACUUUGCAGAUUUUGAGAAGAUCUUUGUGAGAAUCAGUAACACAAUCUCUGAAUAUGUGAUGCAGCACUGGAAAGAAGAUUUUAUGUUUGGCUACCAGUUCCUGAAUGGCUGCAAUCCUGUGCUGAUACGGCGAUGCACAGAGAUUCCCAAGAAAUUGCCAGUGACCAGUGAUAUGGUAGAAUGCAGCCUAGAGAGGAACUUGACCCUGGAGGAAGAAGUGAAGCAAGGAAACAUUUUCAUUGUGGACUAUGAACUGCUGGAUGGCGUGGAUGCCAAUAAGACAGACCCAUGUACAAUACAGUACUUGGCUGCACCCAUCUGUUUGCUGUACAAGAAUCUGGAGAAUAAAAUAGUACCCAUUGCAAUCCAGCUUGGUCAAAAGCCUGGGCCAGAAAAUCCCAUUUUCCUUCCUUCAGAUGCCACCUAUGACUGGCUGCUGGCCAAAAUUUGGGUUCGCUCAUCUGAUUUCCACAUCCACCAGACAGUGACCCAUCUCUUAAGGACACACCUUGUCUCAGAGGUGUUCAGCAUUGCCAUGUUCCGGCAGCUGCCUGCUGUACAUCCCCUCUUCAAGCUGUUGGUGCCACACAUGCGAUUCACAAUAGCCAUCAACACCAAAGCUCGAGAACAGCUCAUCUGUGAAUGUGGCCUUUUUGACAAGGCAAAUGCCACAGGUGGAGGAGGACACGUGCAAAUGGUUCAGAAAGCAAUGAAGGAUCUGACUUACAGCUCACUCUGCUUCCCUGAAGAUAUCAAAGCUAAGGGGAUGGACAGCAAAGAGGAUAUCCCCUACUACUAUUACCGAGAUGAUGGCAUUAGAGUUUGGGAGGCAAUAAAGAGUUUUGCAGAGGAUGUGAUUCAAAUCUACUACGAGAGCGAUGAGGUGGUGUGUGAGGAUGUGGAACUCCAGGCCUUUGUCAAAGACAUUUACAUGUAUGGGAUGAGGGGCGUGAAGGCCUCAGGGUUUCCUAAGGUGAUCAAGACACGGGAGAAACUAGCAGAAUAUCUCACAGUGAUAAUAUUCACCACAUCAGCCCAGCACGCAGCUGUGAAUUUUGGCCAGUAUGACUGGUGCUCCUGGAUUCCCAAUGCCCCACCGACAAUGCGCUGCCCUCCUCCGACAGAAAAGGGGACAGUCACCAUCGAGCAGAUUGUGGAGAGUCUGCCAGACAGAGGGCGUUCUUGUUGGCAUCUGGGAGCUGUCUGGGCCUUGAGUCAGUUCCAGGACAAUGAACUGUUUCUGGGCAUGUAUCCGGAUGAACAUUUUGUGGAGAAGCCGGUGAAAGAGGCGAUGGCAAAAUUCCGCAAGAAUCUGGAUGAGAUCGUCAGCGCCAUCACUGAGCGCAACAAGAACAAAAAGCUCCCUUACUACUACCUGUCCCCAAAUCGCAUUCCCAACAGUGUUGCUGUUUGAGCAACAAGGAGAGCUCAGCAGAGUAUAAACCCAGUGCAUGUUUUCCUGUUACAUAUGGUUCACAUUAGAGACCUUUCAGAGAUUUGUAAAAUAACAAACACGCCCUCUCCAUCAGAGCUGACCCAUACUCUAUUUUGGCUUUCAAAGCAAAUUUAACUAUGACAAAUCUUGCACACAGUUUAGGUCCUUGCACACUCCUUAGGUCAAAUUUUUUACAAGCUUAUAUCACCAAGAUUUUUAUAUUACUCUUAGAAUCAAUACUUGCAUUAGUGUUAGCUUUCCCUUUCCCAAUCAGAACAAAGAAAUCACAGAAAUUACACUGCUUUCAAGCUAAGUACUGUCACGCUGUGUGUGAGAAUUGGACAUAGCAGUGAAAAGGUACUGAACGAAGAUGGGUGUCUUCACGUUCCUCAUUUCGCUCAUCCGAUUCAAUGAAAAUAGUAUCAGGAGCAAUAAACAGGUCUUUUAAAUCCUUCCUAUUUUUAAUAGAUGAUGCUCAUGACUUGAAUUCAUAGUCUUUCAAGUUUGUGUGUUGUUCAUAAACUGAUUUAAAAACUUACAUUACAUAUUUUCACUACAACUUUGAAUGCCCCAGUCAGGAUGAAGGUAAAAGCAGAGCAUUUUUGUAACACAGACAAGAGUUUUUAUCACCUUCUUGUAGCGAAGUCACUUUUCUCAUCUAAAAUGAGAAAAUCUGGUUUAUAGGAAAUGAACUCUUUUAUCUAUAUGUACCUAUAUAUUUUCUACAUAAAACUAAUAAGGUUUGUUUCAGCAUCUGCCAGAAGAGUUCUCUGUCACUGAUAUGCAUGGCAAAUGUUUUGCUUGGCACAGUAGCAAGUACAGACUUAGCAGUGGUAUUCUCAGCUUCAUUGCUGAGAAGGCUGGGCAUUGUGGGCAGCUUCUUUUGUUCUGGGAGGGAAGAAAAUGCUGCUUUCUAUAAAGGUUAUGGAGAAAGGUCAAAUGAUGGCUUCUAAGAAGGAUCCUUGGAUUUGACCAAUUAAGUAUAAUGUGUUCCACCUUAGAGACGUCCAAGUUGUGACUGUUAUACUCAGAGAUGAUUAGGCUCAAGUAUCUGGGCUUUGGUUUAAGGUUAGGAGUCACAGAGAUAACAGAAGGGAAAAGUGAGGUUUGGGAAAUCUAAGAGCAGUAGUUUAAUUAAUAACACUUCUGCAUUUUUCCCAGAUUUUUUGUACUAGUGGUGUAAGCCUGCAGUGUUUGUUUUGUUAUUUGUUUUUUAAAUAUAUGAGAAAGCUGCUUAUGCUAAUAAAACAGAACUGAAUAAGAAAAUCUAGCUUUUAUUUCUUAACUCACUUUCUAAUGCUCUAUGUUUUGGAGAAUUUGUUAGGAAUAUAAGGCUUAUAUAAGGAAGAUAAGGUGUUGUGUAGAGAAAUGAAGCUCCUGUACAUUGAGAAAAUACAGUUAUUUCUGUCACUCGUGUGAGUUUCAAAUAAGAUUGGUGCUAAAGUGUCCUUCGUGUUUCAUAUGAAAUACAGAAUCGGAAAGGACAACUAUUUUAGACCCUUGAUGGUAGUCUGAUUUCCUUUUUCUUCUACCAGUGAAAGAGCUUCAGCAAAAAUGUGGACAGCAAGGACACUUCCUUCUCUUGAGGAAGUAUGCUUAUGACUUGUGUGUUUUCUUCUUACCACAGCCCAAGAGAAUGAUGGCUGCAGGCACCAAGGCGUGCGAUUGUAAGUGGUGAUGGAAGACAGACAGAGGGCCAGAGACCAUAGCAUGCAAACCACACAAACAAAAAAAAAUGCUGAAUUUCACAACAAGCUGAUGCAAUAUAUCCAGUUCAUGCUCCUAGCUCAUGUUCUUCCCCUGUAUAUGGUGAAUGUCUUAUUGCCUCAGCCUUCCUAUGAUAAUGAUCUGCACAGUCGAGCACUUCUCUGGAAAAAAUAUAGAGAAUCUGAGGCCUGGUCUCUUGCAUCUGUUCCCUUGCAUCCCACCCUGUGGACCUGGGUCUGAGGGGAAGUUUGGGGAAUUUGUUGUGCAGCUUUCAAGGCGGAUGCCUGAUGUAACUGCAGCAGAGGCUGUGGAAUGAUGUGAGGAGGUUAAAGGUAACACUAUCACUAUUAAGGAAGCAAAUACGAGCAAAUACCAAAGUAAUUAUUUUCUCCCAGCUUAUUCCCUGCUCCCUUUACACCAGUCAGCAUUCACCAGAAAGAGACCUGCUUGUGUGUGGCCUGUGAGUUGUUUCACUGCAUCCUGCUUGAACAAAUGUGUCCCUGAGGUCAUGUUUCUAAGGUCCUGUAGUGUCCACUCCCAAGAUUACUUCUGGGCAAACAUGAAAGGACCAGCCCUCUCUGAAGUGGGUCUCAAGUGAGUGCACUCAACUGAGUGAUAGAUGUGAGAUGAUGCACAUUUAAAGGAUAUUUAACAGGAUUGAAAAGUCAGUGGCAUGUGUCUUGGCUGGAUGGCUGAUGGCCUGUAUGUAACCUGCCUUCCCAGCUCCAGCACCCUUGCUGUCUUUCCCAGUUGCAGUGAUUUUUUUAUUGACUGGGAGAUGUUCACUGCUGAAUGCUCUGGCAGAGACUCCGAAGGCUCUGUUAUCUCUGUCCUUCCUCACAGUGCUUGGUCACAGAAGAGGGCACUUCAACUAUGAAACACCAUUAGUGGUAGGGAGAAUAGAAGAAUACUUCCCAGCCCCUUUGGCUUUACAAGUAGAGGAGAAACCCUAAUGUUUUCUCCUCAGGCAAAUUACAAAAAAGAGGAGAAAUGGAGGACUUGAGAGGAAGAAGAGGCAUUAACAGGAGGACAAGCAUUUCCCUGAAUAUUUGAUUUUUUUGGGCUCAUUGGUGACAGGGAGGACUUAGCCCCCUGCAGCCAUCCCUGCUCUCAUCACUGACCUCCCAUGUUUUCCCCCUUUAGAGGACUGAGAUUCAGGUUAAUUCUCAAGCUCUCUUCUGGGUUGCAUGAGAGAAGACCGUCCCAGCCACCUGCCCAGUUGGGUUGCCAUUGCUCUGUCCCAUUCCUCUGCCCAAAGGUGAUUCAGUUCCCUACUCACACCCAUACAGUUCUAGUGGGCAGAUCUUAUGUUCCUGUUUGGCUACUCAGAAUUAUUUGCUCUGUUGCACACAGGGCAGAACAGGAAAUAUCCCCCGGAAUAUUUGUUUCUAAAGAGCAAAUUUUAAUCAGCAUCUGAUUUUCCUACUGCAGGAGUAGCGAAGUGGUAUCUUAAGAAGUAAUUGUAUGUGCUGAGAUGUAGCACAGAGUGCUUACUUUGUAUCAUUUGUACAAUAAAGAGGAAUAAAUAUUGCACACAAUCA